CCCAUAACGCGUCUUUUACAAAUUGAUCGGAGUAAUUGAUCCAUCGGUGUCAUCAAAGAUGAAGAACAAGAAAGAAGAACCUGUGAUGGGGAUCCCCUACAAUUCCAAUUACCAACAUCCUCCUGUUUACGCUCCUCCACAACAGCAAUACUAUGUCGGAAAUAACCCCAAUUACCAACCUCCUCCACCACAGCAAUACUAUGUCGGAAAUAAUCAAUAUCAAUUCGGCCAGAUCCCUCCCAACGCCGUCGUCGGUGAUCCCAAAGGUGUGCCUCUUCAGCAGACGAUUUAUAGAGACACUCCCGCUCCCAUUAACUACGCCUUCUGUGGCAGCGCCGGUCUCUCCAGUUUCAGGUAUUCAUAUCGAUUCCUUACCCUUUUAGGGCGUUUCAUGGAUUUACAAGAUAAGAUUCAAUCACAGAAUCACUAUAUAGAGAACAAACCGUAAAAAUUGAUCUGUCCCUCAAUUGUUGGUCCUUAGAUAAGAUGAAUCUGUAUUGUAAUUCUAUUUUCCAUUAUACAGAAUGGUCUGAGUUUCAUC